ACUUCAGCAAAAUUUAACCCAUUUAAUCUUUAAACCAUCUUGUUGAGAGUGUUGUAUGCUAAAAAGAUUGACUAGUCAAGCUUUGAUAUUCAAUAGAUCAGUUACAAAGAUGUCAAACAAAGUCACUACAAAGCCAUCCAUGUUCUCAUUGAACGCAGGCGCCCCUAGUAUUAGUGGUGGUGUUGGUCCAAGUUCAAGCGCCAUUCCUAGUGGUCCAAACGCUGGUUUUGCAAGAGGUCAAAGACCUUGCUCAAACUGCACUUGUUCCCCAGGGUUGUUGUCCAGAAAGAAUAGAAGAACGUCUUUGUUUUUGAAGCAAUAUUCUAGAAGAAGCUCAUCUUUCAAUACCAGUCCAAGAAAAUCCUUAUCAAGUGAAAGUAUCUACUCAUCUGAUACUAUCUGUAACACCAAGAAUGUCAAUACUACUAAAAGAUUGGAAAAAUUAAGAUAUAAGAUGAAAGAAAAUGAUGUUGCCGUUUAUAUUGUUCCAAGCGAAGAUGAACAUCAAUCUGAAUAUGUUUCAUUAGCUGACCAAAGAAGAAGUUUCAUUUCAGGUUUUACUGGAAGUGCAGGUGUUGCUAUUAUCACUAGAGAUUUGUUAAAUUUCAAUGAAAUUCCAGAAGGUAAAAGUGCAUUAAGUACUGAUGGUAGAUAUUUCAAUCAAGCUAGUCAAGAAUUGGAUUAUAACUGGAUUUUGUUAAAACAAGGUGCAAAAGGUGAACCAACAUGGCAAGAAUGGGCUAUUAAUGAAGCCAUUGAACAAUCAUUAGGUAGUGGUAAAAAAUUGGUCAAAAUUGGGAUUGAUCCAAAAUUAAUCAGUUAUAAAGGUGUUUUAGCUUUUGAGCAACAAAUUAGAAAAUCAAUUGAACAAGAAGGCAGUGAGGCUAAAGUUGAGUUAGUUCCUGUUAAAACUAAUCUAGUUGAUCAAAUAUGGGGUGAAUUUGAAGAUGUUCCUAAAAGACCAAGCUUUGAAUUGAUUAAUUUAAAAGAAGAAUAUACUGGUGAAAGUUUCCAAUCAAAAUUGAAAAGAUUGCAGGAAGAAUUAUCCAAAAGUCACACAUCAUCAAUUUUGAUAUCUGCAUUAGAUGAGGUUGCUUGGUUAUUAAAUUUAAGAGGUUCAGAUAUCCAAUAUAACCCUGUUUUCUAUUCGUACUUGGUUAUAAAUAAUUCAGAAGUUAAACUAUUUGCAAACAAUAACUAUUCCCCUGAAAUUAAGAAGUUUUUCCAAGAAUCAAACAUUAAAGUGUAUCCAUAUGAAGAAAUUUGGAAAGAAUUGUCAGAAACUACAACAAUUUUGAAAGAUGCUAAAGAGACAAUAUUAAUACCAGAAACUGCAUCAUGGGAAAUUGUCCGUAAUUUAAACAACUGUAAAUUCAAACAAGUUCAUUCACCAAUUGAUUUUUUCAAAUCUGUUAAAAACAAGGUUGAAAUUAAGAAUUUUGAAAAUGCGCAAUUUAAAGAUGGUAUUUCAUUAGCUAAAUAUUUUGCAUGGUUAGAGAAGACGUUAGUUAAAGAUGAACAAUUGAUUGAUGAAUAUAGUGCAGCUGAGAAACUGAUUGAAUUCAGAAAUGAACAACCAAAUUAUCAAGGUAAUUCAUUUGAAACUAUUAGUUCUACAGGUGCAAAUGCUGCAGUUAUCCAUUAUUCUCCAGAAAAGGAUAAUUGUCAAAUGAUUGAUCCUUCCAAAAUAUAUUUAUGUGAUUCGGGUUCACAAUUUUAUGAAGGUACUACAGAUAUUACAAGAACUAUGCAUUUCACUACACCAUCACAAGAGGAAAUUGAUAAUUACACCUAUGUCUUGAAAGGUAAUUUAGCAUUAGAACAAUUGACAUUCCCAGAAGGCACUGAUGGUUAUAUGAUUGAUGUUAUUGCUAGACAAUUUUUGUGGUCAAAAGGUUUAGAUUAUAGACAUGGUACAGGGCAUGGUGUUGGUGCUUAUUUGAACGUUCACGAAGGUCCAAUCGGUAUUGGUGGUCGUACAACUCUAUUAAAUUACCCAUUGAAAGCCGGCAAUAUUGUUACAAAUGAACCAGGUUAUUACGAAGAUGGUAAAUAUGGUAUAAGAAUUGAGAAUGAUAUGUUGGUUGAACCAACUAAUUUGAAGUUUGGUGAUAAGGGAUUUUUGAAAUUCAGAAACUUAACAUUGGUUCCAUAUUGUAAGAAAUUGAUUAAUGCUAAGCUACUAACACCAGAAGAGAAAAAGUCCAUUAAUGAUUAUCAUAAAAAGAUUUGGAGUUUACUCAAUGGAGACUUGGAUAAGAGUUCAUGUGAACAUGCUUGGUUGAAGAGAGAAACAAGCCCAUUGUAAUGUUUUGUGUACACGUAGAGUGGAG